AUGCAGGCCACACGCCGUCUACUCCACCGUCAGCCCAUGAUUCGAUUUCUCGGCAAGCGUUCCACGCCGCAGAAAAUCGAUCACGCACCCAAAGUCCACCCAGAGUCCCCAUCUUCAGCUCUCCCCGAAUCCUUCGCGUCAUACCGAGAGCAGGCGACGCAACACGGCCCGCUGAAGGGCACCCAAAGACAGUCCUCAUCCAGCGCACCACAGCAAGUAUCCUCAGUCCAGCAACCCUACGGAGCWAUUGGAGGUCGCAGCGCGAGGGAGUUGGGGCCCAUCAAGCCUGGAAAGGGCGAGUUCUCAGACAGGAGCGAGCUUCCCAAGAGAUUCCAAAGGACUCCGUGGAGCCUGGCAGAGAUUGAAGCGAUUGAGAGCGGUGGUGCUAGCAUGUUUGCUUGA